AUAAAAGCACAGUAAAUGCAAAGUCCAGAAGCAUCUUAUGUCACUUUCAACUUACACUAUCUGCCUUUUAUACACUCUGCACUCUCUCUUAAAUUCUCUUCCAUCAAUACUACUACUUUCUAUCUUUCAUUCUUAUGGCAUCCUCUCCACCUGAUCAAGAACAACAACCACCUCAAUUUCCUCCACUUCACUACAGGGUCAUAUCUUUUUAAUUUAUAUUCAUUACUCUUUCAAGUUCUCUUUUUGAUAUUUUUUUUAUACUUAAUAUAUUUUUUUUUUCAGACAUGGGUUUUGAAAGUUUCCAUCCAUUGUCCAGGCUGCAAGAGAAAAGUCAAGAAAGUCUUGCAAAGCAUUGAAGGUGUUUAUACUACGGAUAUUGAUCCACAACAACAGAAAGUUAUAGUGACUGGAAAUGUUGAAGCUGAAACUUUGAUAAAAAAACUGAUAAGGAAUGGAAGAAGUGCUGAGUUAUGGCCAGAGCCGAAGCCUAUAUUAAAAGAGAAAAAACCAAAGAAAAAUGAAAACAGCGAAGACGACGAUGAUGAUCAUGAAGAUGAUGAACAUAAUAAUAAUAAUAAUAAUGAAAAACCAGCUGAACAUGGUCCUCCAAGACAUGGUGUGAGGUUUGGCGGGGUUGAGACUUUUACGAUGGAUGUCAAAGAAGUAAGGCCAGAUGAAAGGCCGCCGGAAAAUAUCGCCGUCGUUGAGAGGUUCCCGGCGCCGGAGCAAAAGGCCGGCGGCGGUGGAGGAGCUAAGAAAAAGAAGAAAAAGAAAAAGAAGAAGAGUAGUAGUGGGAAUAACAAUGCAAAUCCAAAUGCGAGUGCAGGGUCUAAUGGUGCACCGCCAGGUAGCGAAUCAGAUGCUGCGAAAAUGGGUCCCAAUCAGAUGAUGGAUCAAGCGAAUCAAGGCCAUUCAAAUCAGCAUCCUUAUCCUAACCCGUGUGAUCAGCAUCCACACGCUAGUUAUUAUGUUCCUCAGCAGCAUCAGAGUUAUAUUGUGAGUUACAACGCGGCACAUCCUAUGGUAAGCAGUGCGCCGGCAUAUUACUAUGUUCCAUCAUCACCGUACAUGCAAUCUGAUAUUUAUUCUAAGCAACAAUGUACACCGUUAGAUUCUUUUGAGAUCUUGAGUGAUGAAAACCCUCAUGCUUGCUAUAUCAUGUGAUCAAAGUUGAUGUGGAAUUUUGUAUAUUAAGACAAAAUAGUAUUCGAAUUUUGGCAGGAAAUUAGAGUUCUAAUUUCUGUAUUUAGAGUUCAGAUAAGUAGUAAGCAUAUUGUAGAAAAAUGUAAUGUGCUAUACUACUCCCUACUUUAUAUUUCAGCUUAAUUACUAACCGUUUUUGAUACUA